AUGAAGCUUAUUCUUGCGGUUACCCUACUCUGUGCCAUUUUGGUUGAAGCUCAAGAUGAGCAAACCCAAGCAGUACCGACUGAAGCUCCAGCCAUAGUAUUCACAAAAGUAUGCUUUGAUCAAGAGGACGCUGAGGUUUUGGAAAGCACGGUAAGUAUCCUAACCUACUGUACCUUACCCUAACGCACCCUACCUUACCCUACCCUAACGUACCCUACCCUACCCUACCCUACCCUACCCUGCCCUACCCUACCCUACCCUACCCUACCCUACCCUACCCUACCCUACCCUACCCUACCCUACCCUACCCUACUAUACCCUACCCUACCCUACCCUACCCUACCCUGCCCUACCCUACCCUACCCUACCCUACCCUACUAUACCCUACUCUGCCCCACUCCUCCAUACCCUAUUUCAUUCGGCUUAAGCCUUACCCUAUCUUGAGUUGGCCUUACAAAUAAUUUGUUAGUCAACUCCAACACUACCCUAAGUUAGCUUUGUUCUAGCCUUACUUGCCUUGAGCUAACCUUAAUCUUCUAAAUGAAAAACGGGCUGGCACUGAGCAAAAUUUCGAUCGGGCCAGGCCUAGCAUUCAGGCCUGGCCUGUUUAUCAUGUCUAAUUGGUCUAGCCUUACCCUAAUUUAGCCUUGGUCUACAUUACUAUACUUUAACUAGCUCAACCCUUACUAAACCCUGGCUUAGUCUUAUUCUAGCGCUACCUCAUACUACCCUAAUUUAGCCUUUUCCAAUCCUUACCCUAGCAAGCUGACAAGCGUCCUAGCCUGCCUAACUGACACGCCCUACCCUAAUACUUAUAAUAUUAUUUUAGGGUACCAUCUGCGCCUUCGCAGUACGCUUCCAAAUGGCAAACAGAAACUGUGCCGAGUUGGUUCAAAACACAUUGCCCGAAGGCUUUGUAGCUUUUGGUGAACCAGACCUCAGUCCAGUUACUUUUGAACAACUCACUACGGAACUGACAGCACCAGUCCGCGGCGGGAAAUAUUGUUUUAUCUGUACGAUUUUUCCUUUUUCAUCGUAUUUUACCCAAAAAUUGAGGAUUUUUUAACGCUUUUCAUUAACACUUUUAAGCAUUACUAACGUACUGGCUGAUAGUACGGUACUAUGAAAUUUUAAGACUUAGUUUUUUGGUUAAAAAUUUAUAUAACGUGACAUUUAAAAAGAUGAAAAAUAUCAUAAUAUACUUUAAUAUUACCUAAAAAUAAAAUUUUCAGCCCGAGCAGAAGAACUGACCAGACUACGAGGAUUCUAA